GCUUGUUGCUGAUGUGAAGGAGUGAGACCCCCAUGUCCCAGGCGAUUUGACAUUCAAUGCAUUCUAAUCCAUCAAGUCAAUCAAGGGGCUGCCCUGCCCACCUCCCCGCCCGCCAUCAAGAUCGGCCGCGAAUGGCAGGGCAGGGCAGGCACCAUAAAUAUAGAUUGUGCACACACAGGCGACAUGCUAUGAAAGGAGAAGAGAAGAAGAAAAAAAGAGAGAGUCAAAAAGAGAGAGCACCUCCCUCACACACUGGCGUCGGUCGCCAUGAAUGAACCCAUCGAUCUUCCAUGCCAUGCCAUGCGACGCAUAAAUGCAGGCAGGCACACAACACAUGACAUGGACGGACACUUACACAUCUCCCCUCCCCUCCACUCGCCUACUACCCGGCCGUGGCCAUCUUACUCGGACGCACUAUCCACAAACACAGAGAGAGAGAGACCGCAUUCGGAUGACCCACCACAGCACAGAUCAGUCAGAAUUGGCAAAAUUUGUCCACUCGCUGGACCAGGUCCCGGAUGUAGCUCUCGUCGAUGCCGCCCGUCCCGUUGACCUGGUGGUCCAGCCGCUGACGCACCCCGGCACCGCCAGCACUCGGGUCGUUGCACACCGUCUCAACCACCGGCGACAUCGACAUCAUCAGCCCAGGCUUGUGGCCGACGUGGCGGGGGUCUGACGAGCCGGCGGGGCCGUCGAGGGGCGAUAGCAUCUCCCUCUCGGUGUACCUGUACUGUUGCUGCUGCUGUCUCAUGUGGGCGGUGCGUGCGUGCGAGGUGAGCAGGGGUCGCUCGGGCGAGGGAAGGGUCAUGGGUAGGGGCUCGGGCGUCCCGUUGUAGACGUUGGAGUAGUGCUCUACCGCCGACUCGACGCGCGGGAACAGCUGACAUAUAUCCACACGACACGGAGGACACCCAUGCCAUGUGGCUGAGAGAGUGUGUAUGUGUGUGUCAGUCAGGUCAGUCAGGGAGUGUGUGUGAGGGUACAUCACCUCUUGAGGUGCGUUCUUUGCGACGAGGAAGUCGAGAUGCUCGUACUUGGGUAUGGCCUGGAAGACACAGCGGGGCACCUGCAGCAGCAGCCACUGGUUGUCCGACAACCUGACACACACACAGACAGAUCAAUCAGCACACAUCACAUGCCAUGCCGGCUGAGCGAUCCGUGCGGAGGGGUGCGGCCAUGGCCAUCCCUUCCUUCCCUUCCCACGCACAUGUCGUUUUGUCCGCAGAUGAGGACCACAGGGCAGGUGACUCUGCUGACAUUGUACUUGGGUAUUUCCACGUCGGCCGGCCCCCCCACGCCCGUCGCGUCAUCGUAAUGCUCAAACUCCCCAGAACUGAAAGAACCAACAAUGACACGAAUGACACACAGCAUAGGUGUCGGUCGUGUCAGCCACCGUACAGUGCACAUCACAUCCGCGCAGGCAGGAAGGCCUGCCUUCUCAAGUCAAUUCAGCUACCCGAGUAGCUGGAACCAGUGUCUGGCGACCUUGACGGAUGUGGCCGAGUACAGGUGGAAGUAAAAGACCUGCUUAGCCCACGCUCUGCAUGAGCAGACAGACAGACAGGAGACAGACGUCAUGGAGGGACGUGUCUGCUUGGAGUCCUUCGCACGCCCACUCACUCACUCAGUCACUGACUCACUCUGCGAGUUUGACGUGCCAGUUGAAGAGGAGGUCCAGCGACAAAUCAAUCACGCGCACAAAGAUACCCCUGCACACACCCACACAGACAAUCGACGUCUGUCUGUCUGUCUGUCAGGUUAGUUGGUUGUCGGACCCACUACCGUGCGAGCAUUCUUUUCCACACAUCAGUGGUGGAGAGCAUGGCCUUCUUGCCAAAGACGAGGAAGAAGGCGCGCUUGCUGAAGGUCAGCAGCGGGUACACCAGUGCGAUGUGGCUGCCCUCCUUAGUCGACAAAGCUGAUGAUGAUCGCCACACAAAACCGCACACACCACCACACGCUCACAUGACAUGAGAGCACCCCACCCACCCAAUGAUGGACGGAAUGCCAUCUGUGGUGGUCCCAUAUAUCUCCAUCUGUCUGUCUGUGAGUCUUUGUCACCACUCACUUUUCAGCCGGCAAGCGGGGGCGAGUGCGAUGAAGGUGGCAAUGCGCCGGUUGAGGGCCGGCUGAGUCGACAGAGCUGCACACAACACACAUCGAUGACACAAAUGAAAUAAAUGAGCGGCAAGGCACAUGGGCAUCUGACUGACAGGAGCAUCACAUCCGUCAAUGAGAGAAGUGAUGUACCUACCUGCGAACAUCUGUGCGGUGCCGUUGGAGAAGCCCACGUAAAUGCACUGGGUUGCGCGCGUCUCACGCAACACCAGCUGCAUGCACCACACCACACCACACCACACCACACCAGCACACACAGACACCCAGACAGACAGACAGACAGUCACACACACAGACGGAUGCGAUGCGAUCCGAUGCGAUGCCUUUUCGUUCCUUCCUGUGUGUCCUUCCCUUCCUUGCUCACGUCAACACAAGUCGGGACGUCAUAGCGCGCCAGCUCGUCAAUCGAAAAGUCCCAGUAGCUGCACACAACACAACACAAUCACACAAACACAGACAUGACGUCAUGUCAUCUAUCUCAUGUCAUGGAUCGAUCGGUGCCACGGUGGCUGUGGUGUGGGUGGGGGAGUGAGUCGGCGGCUGGGUCCCGUCCGUUUCUCAUCUCACUUACUGUUUGUCGUCCCUCUUGAAGAAUCUGUGUUUCCAGCUGUACUUGUUGCCACGAUUGUUCGCCAGCCACACGUCAUACCUACACACACACAUACACACACAUACACACACACACACACGAGCAGACACACACGAGACAGCACGUGCCAUGCCGUGGUGUGGUGUGGUGUGGUGUGCCUUGGCUUGCUUUGAUAUAUACCAUACAUACAUACCCCUUUCUAGCGAGGUAGAUGGGCAGUGAGAUCUCCUUGUUGCACACCCAGCACUCGUCAGACAUCAUCAGGCCGUGCAUGAACAGCAGCGGCAAUCCACCAUCGCCACCCCGCCGACGCGACACCAGGCUGUCACUCUCCGUCGUCACGUUAGUCACGGCGGCCGUCCCGGGCCCCAGCAGGUCGGCAAACGGGUCUGUGCGCGACGGCAGCGACGUCGAACGAGAUGAGCCCCACCCUACAGGCAAGGCAUCAGUCAACCAGCGUCGGGUCGUCCUCCCUGUGUGCGCGCGCGCGUGUGUCUGUUUCUAUCCACCGGGCUGCAGGCCGUGCAUGUUUGUGUUGGUGGGCGUGUUGAUGCCCUGGUUGGGUGGGACGAUCCUGUGCAGCACCAGCACGAAGCCGUCAGGGGUCUCUGCGAAGUGAUCCUCGACGUUGAGGCCGGCGUCCUCGAGCAGCUCGACCGUCGAGGACGACAGCUGCGGCUGACGGGGGCCCUCCAGACGCUUCGAGAACAACAUGCUCACGCCACUGAGAGGGAGAGAGAGCGGAGGAGAGAGCGAAUGGGAUAUAUGGGAUGCCGUGGGUGUGUUUCUAUGUGUGGGGGUACAUGUGUGUGUGUGUGUACCUGACGGACUGGUCGUAUAGGAUGUCAAGCAGCCUUCUGAAGGGAAACAGCUUGUAGAACGUCAGAACCAACGUGCGCACCACAAACUCUGACAGAGAGAGAAACCACACAGACACACAUCUCGCUUAUCGGUCCAGAUGCAUUCACUCUCUCUCAGCUCAUCUUCUGACUGACCGAAUGAGAGCAGACAGAAGAUGAUGGCCACCUUGACGGUUUCGAAGGAGAAAAUGUACCUCACGUGCUGCAGGGCGUUCGCCCGCACAGGGGAACGCACCAUCACCUUCGGACUCGUCACAGGACUCAUCGCCGCACGCCCAUUCAUCGCUUCUUGCUCUCCUUUUUCUCCGG